UGAUCAUCAGCCAGAGCCUGCAGACAACACAACUCAAACGGACAGACACAUUACCCUUCUCCAAGGAUGUCAAAUAAGGUUACGGUUUAGCAUUAUAUGGAGUAAAAAUACGUCGCUCAGCAAAAUGUUUAUUUAAUGAAGACAAGGCUUCGUUUUGUCGCGCGAGGUGUGAGUGUUAUCAGUGACGGCCUGCUGUAGGAUGCUCUAUAUGUGUGCAGUUGUUUUGACUCCACAUUAUUAUGUAAUACGAUGGAAACAUUGAACGAGCUAAAUUUCAGCUUCAGUCUUAGACCGCGUUUUACCGCAAAAGUAGUUUUUGUUUAGUGAACUGUAUCGCACGCGACAUAAACAAACGCCAGUGCAUCGUGUUGCUUGACUGUCAAUGCAAAUCAACUAGAUCACAGCGAAAAAAAUGUGGUGGAAACUCUUCUUUUUGCUCCUUUAUUUUCUUAUGUUAUUCAUCGUGGCUCGGUUUUUUGAGGCCGUCGUCUGGUAUGAGACGGGAGUUUUCGCCACCCAGCUGGUGGAUCCGGUAACAUUGAGUUUCAAGAAACUCAAAACCAUCCUGGAGUGCCGUGGACUGGGAUACUCGGGCCUGGCAGAGAAGAGGGACGUGAGGGAGCUGGUGGAGAACUCGGGGGAACUAAUGCAAGGGGAGCUCUACUCUGCUCUCAAGAAUGAGAAGGAGCAAGUAGGAUCUGACUCCAGCACUACUUUCAGUGGAGAAAUGCACUUUUAUGAAUUAGUGGAGGACACUAAGGAUGGUAUCUGGUUAGUUCAGGUAAUAGCCCAAGAUAGGAAUCCACUUUUGAGCACUGCUAACUGGGGCAAAAUGGUACAGAAAGUUUCUCAAUUUGGCAUUCGAACAGGCACUUUCAACUGCUCAAGUGACUCAAGGUAUUGCCAUAAACGGGGCUGGACAAAGUCCACUCUCAUCAUGUCUGUGCCGCAGACCUAUGCAUCCAAAGGGAAGGUCAUGUUGAAAGAGUAUAACGGCAGACGCAUCGAGACCGAGCACAUCUUUAAAUGGAUGACUGCGCAUGUUGCCUCUCGUAUCAAAACUAUCCGUUUCUCUGAGCAAUUAAUGGAUGACUGGUACCAGAUGGAAAAGCAACCAGUAAAGAUGUUCUUGUUUGCCAAAUUGCUUCAGCCCCCAGCAUUCUUCUCAGCGCUGAGCAUCAAAUACACAGGGCGCAUCGAGUUCAUCUUUGUUGAUGUGCGCAACUGGGACAACGCCACCUCCCUGGAAGAGAUCGGGGUGCGACAAAUGCCCUCAUAUAUCCUUAAAACACCAGAAGGUAUCUACAGAUAUGGCAAUAGCACUGGGGAAUUCAUUUCCUUGCAUGCCAUGGAUACAUUUCUUUGCUCGGUGCAGCCGGAAGUCAAUGACUUGUUCAUUUUAAGCUUGGUCAUGGUCAAUCUGAUGGCUUGGAUGGACCUUUUCAUUACACAGGGAGCCACCAUAAAACGCUUUGUGGUUUUAAUCAGCACGUUAGGGACCUACAAUUCCUUACUCAUAAUUUCCUGGUUGCCCAUCCUUGGUUUUCUCCAGCUGCCAUACUUGGAUAGCUUUUACGAGUACAGCUUGAAACUUCUGCGUUAUGCUGACACUACUACUAUUGCCUCAUGGGUCCGGGCCGACUGGACCUUCUACUCUUCACAUCCAGCUCUCUUCCUAAGCACUUAUCUAGCCCAUGGCCUUCUCAUCGACUACUUUGAGAAGAAAAGAAGAUGUAGCAAUGAAGACCAAAAUGCAAACAACCUAGAGUGGCUGUCAAGUCUCUGGGAUUGGUAUACCAGCUACCUGGUACAUCCCAUUGCCUCCUUCCAGAACUUUGAGUCCGAUUGGGAUGACGAUCCCAAUUUCAUUUUAGAGAGGUUGGCAUUUCCAGAUCUUUGGCUUCACCCACUUGUUCCAAUAGAUUACAUCAAGAACCUACCCACCUGGAAGUUUAAACUUGCCCAACAUGAAAGGCCCACACAAGACCUUGAUAAACGACCAAACAACUUGAUGAACCCAAGUGAAGACUCCAGUGGUGACAAGAGAGCACAUCAACGCAGCUCAGAAGUUCUUCAGAGUACUGAAGAUUGUUCAGCUGCGAUUAAGUCAGAAGAAUCGUGGUCUGGUGGAGAGGAGCAAGACACAGAUUGGUCUCAAUGGCCUUGUGGCAUGCUCCACUGCACCGAGUGCGUCGUAUGUCUUGAGAACUUCGAAACAGAUUGCCUUGUCAUGGGACUACCAUGUGGCCAUGUUUUUCACCAGCAGUGCAUCGUGGUCUGGCUAGCCGGGGGGCGGCACUGUUGCCCUGUGUGCCGGUGGCCAUCGUACAAGAAACGUCCAGCAAGACAACGUCAUGCAGCUGAGCAACUUGAACCAGAAUAGCCCUUGUGUCAUUUGAUUACCAUUUGCUUCCUGCACUUAUUUAAAAAAGAAAACUACAAAAAAAACUUGAUGUGUUCAUCUGUAGUCUUUAGAUUCAUAACAUUGGCUCCUGGGGUUUAUGUUGGUGGUUUAACUUGCACAGUCAUUAAGGUAUAUAAAAGUAAAUUAAUUCUUCCCAAUAUUGUUUGAAUAUUUUUUUUUUCUUUAUGGGGAAAAUUUGAUUUGGAUCUGAAAAAAAUAUAUAUUUUAAAAGCUAAAGUCUGCAAAGGAUAAAAUAUUGAAUGGAAAAUGUAAUGCAUAUGGUUGAAAAUGCUCUGUUGUAGCACUCAUCAUACAUCCCAGUGUGAGAAAAAAUCCAUAUGGUUCCUUGAGAACUACAUCUUGUGUGUGUUCAGUGUGUCUCCUGUGAUUUAAUAUGUACUAAAAUUGAGUUACCUCACAAAGUCAUUUUGGCAUUGAAGACUAUAUGAAAGAUAAAACCUCUGGGCAUAUGGAUCUAAUAUUUAUUUUUAAAAGAAUUAUAGCUUUAACUUGAAUAAAUGUGCCCUGCACACAAUGCAUAUCAGCUGGGGCAUUGAAAUGCAGUUGCUUAUGACUACAUCGGUAAUUUGACUUCUUGUCUUGUUGCAGCAUGGUAAUUUUGUUAACUUAGGACAGCAUUUUGCCAAUGAAUUAACACUAUUAAAGACUACCCCUUGGACUUCUGCUGUUUGGCAGAGUCCAAAUGUGAUUUGGAAACUUAGGCCUGUAAUGAUGUUCAAUCCAAUAAAGUCUAAUUUUC